AGUAUUUAUUAGUUGCAUCAAAAGUUAGAGCGGUAAAGGGAUGAAGAACCCUUGCAAGAGUACUUACUAAAAACCCUCCACCUUACAAACUAUUCAUCCAUCAUCACCUUCUUGCACCAGAAAGGAACUAACACCACUUCUGUCUUACUGUCAGAGUGAUCUGUCGUACUUAGAGAGAGAGAGAGAGAGAGAGAGAGAGAGAGAGAGCAUGGAUUGGAACGGUAAUCUUAGAGUCCCUUUUGUUUCUCGACCAGCAGCAGUCGAGAAUUCCUACAACUUUCACUACAACUUUAACUAUGACCAGUUCCCAGUACUAGAAAUGAAGCAGCCGCCAAUGCUGACAACCCCACAACAAGCAAUGCUGCCAACGUUGGCGGACAAGAACAACAGCAUGAUGCACAAUUUCGGGCAGGAUCCGAAGAAGAAACGUCUGAGCAACGAGCAGUUGGAGUCGUUGGAGAACAGUUUCCAGGAGGAGAUCAAGCUGGAUCCCGACAGGAAGAUGAAACUGGCCAAAGAACUCGGGCUGCAGCCCCGACAGAUUGCUGUCUGGUUCCAGAACCGGAGGGCUCGAUGGAAGGCUAAGCAGCUCGAGCGCUUGUACGACGCACUUAAAAGGGAGUACGACGCUGUUUCCAGGGACAAGCAGAAGCUGCAACAGGAGGUCAUGGCACUGAGGGCAAUACUGAAGGAGCACCUGGCGAAGAAGCAAGUACUCUCAACAGGCUACACAGACAUCUCCGGUGAAGAAACAGUGGAGAGCACGUCGAUUCCGACCUCCAACGACCCGUCUCCUCCGACCACGACAAACAGCCUGCAUCAGAUCAACGCAGAUCAUCAAUGCAAUAAUAAUUACGGGUUGAACGUCGACGACUACAAUAAUCCAGUGAUGAUGCCUCCCUACUGGGCUGCUGCUGCUGCGCCUUCUUGUCCUUGAACUAGUUAGUUAUAAUUAAUGACUAGCUGCUUAGUUUGUUGUUUAUAUCUCUGUUACAACUUGUCUUGAGUCUGAAUUGAUGAUGAGUUGUUAGGAUAAUGGAGUGGGUACGUACGUAGGUCAAGAUUUGAGGUUUUAGUUUUCGGAGCUAGCUAGGGAGAGUAUUAUUAACAGCAGCCAACUGGCAGAGGGCUGGUUGAUCUCAUAGAGGAAGACUCUACUGGUUCUGGACUACUUCUAGUUAGUAGUUGCUAAUGUUUAACAUUCAAGAAUUCUAAUAAUUCAUUUCACUUAAUUAGUGUUGUAAUUUUGCUGUCCUUGAA